UUAAACUUUUUCUUCUAUUUUUUUGGAUUCUUGUGCUAAUUAAAUUGUUUUCUCCAUUUAAAACACACGUAAUAAGUGUUAAAUGAAUUCUAGUUUUUUGUUAGUAGACUAUUGAUUUUUAAGGGAAAAAUUGAUAUAAUUACCAAUAUAAGAACCGCUUAAUAUACCUAUACCCAAGAAAAUCUCAAAAUAUAUUGCAAAACCUAAGUUUUUGAACCUUUUAUUAGCAUUGACUCUUAUGACAAUUUUAAAAUUGUCGUACGGAUGACGUAUUCCCGCCUUUAAAAAGCCAGCCUUUGAUUGGUCUACAGUUAUGAGACAACCUACGCCCUAAUCUAUUAACCUUGGGUACCACCUACCAACGAAUAUAGACGGCAAUAGACGCAAGCCUAACCUAACCUAACCUUCUAUAUUCGUUGCACGUACUUAAACGGUUCACUUGGUAACGAAAUACCACCGCCGCCGCCAUGCGUCGCGUCAUCGGCACUCUUGAUGGGGCACUGAACGAGUUAAGUUAGGCUUAUAUUUACCCCCAACAUAUAAAAAAAUUUAAUUGCGUCCUGCGUACGGCCUAAAGAAUUUAACAUUUCAAUGGACUCAGUUGACAAUUUUAAUUGUUCUUUUAUUGUUUCACUCUCAGCGAUUUGAUUUCGUCCCAAUUUCCUUUUCAUAUACUUGAAUACUAAUUUACCUCUUAGGCGAGCCGCACACCAACGAAACAUGAAACGUAAAACAUUAAACAUGAAACGUAAAACACGUUUCAUGAAAAUAAAACACGGCUAAACAAAUCUUAAAGUCCGCCUACCAAUGAAACGAGUGUGAUUCAUGCUCAUAAAACAUUUUUAUUUUCGGAGAGUCGCAUAAAUGGCCCGACGUCUAUUUGUUUAGCAGUGUUUUAUUUCCAUGAAACGUGAUUUACGUUUCAUGUUUCUUUGAUGUGCGGCCUGCCUUAAAGCAUUAUGUAUCUUACCUACAUUUAAAUUCUUUUUAAAAUAAUGCCUAAAAUAGUUAUUCUAAAGAUGUAGUUGUUUCUGCAACGUAGAAUUAAAAUAAACUACUUAUUCUAUUUGUCUUUUACAUUGUUAUUAUAAAUAUUAUUUUAGCUAUAUUUAACUUCUGCAAAUUCAUGUCGUCAUCUGCAUUGCGCUUUAGUUUAAUUUAAUUUUUCGGAACAAUCACCCUCACUAACUACCUAGCAAUGGUCGCUAAGCAACCGAUUGCUACAAACAAAACUUUUCAACUCACAGAAAAAUUAAUUAAAUAAAGAAAAUAAACAACAAUAUGCAGAGGUCAUUUUCAAUAAUUGAUGAUGACGACGACGACGAGGUGUUUCCUUCUGAUGGCAAUAAGGUAAAAGAACACGAUGAUUCUAAAAGUGCUUAUAAACUCGAUGACUCGGAUUUGUCCUUGUCUGAAGAGCAAAGUAUGAGUCCGAAACGUUCUGAAGACUUUCAGAAAUUAAAAGAUUUGGAUUUGAGUCCAAGUCAAGAAGAAAUGGAGCCGUUGACACAAGAAAAUUUUGUAACAAAGAAUUCUGGUCCACCGAGCCUCGGUAAUAUUUCUGGACGUCAGACAGCAGUACUAAAGAGAAGAACAUUGGCAGAUCCAAAAAUAAAUCGUUUACUUAGUGAUAGUGAUGACAGUGAAAACGACGAGAAGGAUAAUAUGACUAUACCAGGAGAAUAUGACCCGAAAAUGUACGAAAAUUUAGAAGUCAAUGACGAAAUUAAAGAACUAUUUAAAUAUAUAUCCAUGUACGUUCCACAGCAAGUAAACCCCACCUAUAAGUUUAAACCGUUCAUUCCAGAAUUUAUACCCGCUGUUGGAGACAUUGAUGCUUUCCUAAAAAUUUAUCCACCAGAAACUACUAUCGAUGACGAGCCUUGCAAAGAAAAAUUCGAGCAUCUGGGAUUAACCGUUUUGGACGAGCCCGCUAGUAACCAAAGUGACCCUGCAGUAUUAUACCUGCAGCUUAAGGCUGCAUCAGGAAAGGCUGGAAGGAAAAAUGAUGAGAAUGUGGUGGUAAAGAAGAUAGAAAAUAUCGAGAAGAGUGCAAAAACUAUUGACAAAUGGAUUAAAGACAUAUCCGAUUUACAUAAAAGCAAAUCUUCUGUCGUUGUUCGUUACUCUGAACCAAUGCCUGAUUUAGACGACCUUAUGCAGGAAUGGCCUGAAGAGAUGGAAGCAGAUCUUAAGAAACACGGUUUUCCUAAUCCAGAUAACAAAUCAUUACAGGAUUACAUUAAAACCGUAUGUGAUACAUUCCAGAUACCUUUGGCGAAAAAGAAAGUACAAUCACUGUAUCUAUUAUUUUGUUUGUAUGGAGCUAUCAAGCAAACCCAAUUAUAUAAGACGACAUCCAAUGGAAGCGACAAAAUUACUGAGAGUAAAGAAGCUGACCAGUUAGUUUUGGAAUAAAUCUUUUUAUUGAAUUCCUUAUAUAAAUUGUAAAAUUUUAAUAUUAAAUGAAUAAAAAUUAGAA